AUGAUCGUAACGAUAAUGAUGAUGAUAAUGACCGAGAGAAGUAAUCAUCAUUUGCCGGCGGUGAAUGUCGUUUGCCAUGGAGGUUCGCAGACCACCAUAAAAUACUCGUUCUCGAGAACAGAGGGGAUAGUUGCUUCUUUGAGUUCAAGAAGAUUAGAGCACUUCUUUCAUGCAUGAAUCGCACCCGAGAACUCCUCAUCGAACGUGGAAACUUCAUCUGCUCGGAUGAAUUCAGUGAUUGUAUUAGAGUGCUGAAAGUGUUUACGCGGGAAACGGUCGCGAAGAAUCUGUCGGAAAACUAAUUAUCGAACCCGUGACAUUCGCUUCCGCGAAUUCUAACUUACUCUGUGACUUGUGAACAUUGCGUCAUUCGUAAAGUUGCAUCUGUACUGUUCGUAAUUGAGAACGCAGAGACUGUACUAUCCUAAUACUAAGACAAUUAUCUCUAUUCAGAUUAAAAUAACCGUUGUCUGAUAUGGCAUAACAGUUGAGCUAAUUUAUUGGUGGCUAAUAGUACAUUUAACUGUUGAGGAACUGUAAUUUGUCUACAAUAUUAAUCGGAUUAAGACUUCUUAAUUUAUCAGAAGAAUACGACGGGAGUUGGAGAAACUAUCUGCAAUCACGGAAAUAUUUUCUACAUUCUCUUACAAUACAAAUUCAAAGUUUUCACUUUUCGGAAAUAUGGAAUAGUAAUGAGAGCCUCAUCUCAAACCAGUAGCACGAGGGUGCAGUAAAACAGGCCUGACCUGCGAAACCACCCUCACCCUCUUCGUCUCAAUGAAUCUUUCAUAUUCAAUAUCUUUCGAAAAUUUUUGAAGUGUCUCCUGCAAGAAAGAAAGACAGAGAAAGAUACACUUGAGAAGUCAAAGUGUGGAACGAAGGAAGAAUAACGCUGCCAUCAGUAAGAAAGAAAAAGAGGAAAAAAGACAGAAGUAGAAGAAGGUGAAAGUAAGAGAGAGACGGACAGAGGGUGGGUGGUGGGGGGCUCUCGGUUUAAGAGAGAGGGAGAGAGAGGAGGUCGAAGGGAGUCGAGCGAGGAGAAUGACGGAUAGCCAGCAGCAGUUUUGCUUGCGUUGGAACAACUUUCAAGCUAAUAUCACCAGCCAAUUCGAGGCCCUCAGGGAUGACGAGGACUUCGUUGAUGUCACCUUAGCCUGCGAUGGUAGGCGUCUCCAGGCGCACAAGGUUGUCCUCUCCGCGUGCAGCCCUUACUUCAAGGAGUUGUUCAAGACAAAUCCAUGCAAGCAUCCAAUAAUAUUUAUGCGAGAUGUGGAGUUUGAACACCUGCAGUCACUUUUGGAGUUCAUGUAUGCUGGAGAGGUUAACAUAUCUCAAGCAGAAUUACCUACAUUUUUAAGAACUGCUGAGUCUCUGCAAAUCCGUGGCCUCACUGACUCUCAAAAUAAUCAGCACAACAACGAAAAGCAUUUGAAGACAAACAACAUACAUGCAUCAAAUGGCCGUGGGCUGAUCUCACCAAAUUUGGAGGAGGACCGUAGCAAAACUCCACCAACUUCAAGUCCUCCACCAUUAAAAAGGCUGUGCAAACGAAGUGAUUCGCCUCAAAUAUCUAGUCCAGUACCAGCUCCGGCGGCCUGUGCAACUGGAACGCCACGCACACGGCCAUUAAUUGAGCCACAGGUUCAACUUGACUGUUAUAAAGAUCUCGAUAUUGUUGAGCCAAAAAUAGAAUUACCAGAAUAUGGAAGCGAUGAUGAUUGUUCUCCAAAGCAGGAGGUCAACACACUGCCAAGUGGUUUUCUUAGCCUUGAUGGUGGCAUGGAAGUUUUGCCAUCUUAUCCACCUUCCUAUCAAGGUGGAGGAGCAGGAGGAGGAGGAGGAGGUGGAGGAGGGGGUGGUGGAUCACUAGAAGGUGGGAUGCCAGGACCAUCUCAUGCUGGUAAUACGGAAUUAAAUCAAGAACAACAAGGUCGAAGGGUACGCCGCGGCAGGCCGCGGCUUGGAACAAGGGGUGGAAAACAUGGAUCCCCGUCUGUACAGGGUAAUUCGCCAUCGAGGAGUGAAUGGUUACCCUUGGAUAUGAGAACUACACCUCCUGCUGCGAUGCCUGCUUUCCGUGGUUUCGAGGAGUCCUCUUCCGACGGCGUGGUGCACUUGGGAGAGGGAAUAGCAGUGUGUGAGGAACAACUAAGGGCUGUGAAAUGGAGCGAUUACAGAAAAUUGACCCGUGGUCUGGCUGCAAUUUUGUUCAGCCCCACCGAGUUGGCCACCUGCUCGGUCACAGGACAACGAUGGAGCCGAGCUGGAACUGCCACUGAGAGACCAGUGAAACCUGCGCUAGAUAAGGCCAAAGUACAGGCUAUUAUAUCCUACGUGACAUCGAGGUUUCCCACAGUCGACGUGAGCAGCGUGAAGCAAGUGUUGGCUUACAAGUGCAAGGAGAACUCGACGGCACUCAAGAUGAAAUCUAUUAGAUACAUUUGUGAGAGACAGGAAACAGAAAGAUCACCAAGGGCAAAUCCCGAAGAUAAGUGAGAGGUGGUAGAAGUGCGUUGAACGUGCAGCCAUAAUCGAACAACUUCGCAACGUUCAAUCGAAUCUGGGGACUUCUUACGGCUUGCGACUGGUUAGUCUUCUUGCUUCGUCCUCUCUCGGCAUCGACAUCUUGAAAAUUACUAUUUUCGAUUAAGUUGGCUCGCCGUUUAAUAUGGCCGUGGCUAAUAUGCCACAUAACCACUGAAUUACACGAAGGACUCGCUAUUGUUAAAGAGUUCAAGAACUUGAAGGAAUCAAUGCUGCCGUGUUAAUUCAAAUAGGUGUAUCUGUUCGAAAGGUGAUUUUGAGAAAAGUAUCUUUCAACAGUUAACAACCAGCCAUCGAUUUCACAUACGUCCGGGAUAUGAACUGUUAUGUCUUCAGUUUUAACGCAGAUACGACUUUCUUAUUUGCUAUACAUACAGGGAAACUACUUUUCUGCUGUCUGACAGCAAUGACUUGAUUUAAGCGGAAGUUGCAGAUAUGCCAUUUUGACGUAACAAAGGCAGAAUGCCAAGUCGAGUUACUUCGUAGAUUGAUAUUUUACCUUCAAUGAAACAAUGCCGAGACUAUUUGGACAGUUAAAGCCGUUAUAGGAUGAAUUCGUUGAUUGCUUCAGAAUAUCAGAUUAUUCUGGUACAUGAUGUAGUUCAAUUACGCGAAGAAUGGAAAAAUCUUCGAAGGUAAGGGAAGAACGUCUGUUCGAGAAAGAACGUGACGUCUUAAAUCGCGUAAUUUCCAAAUUUCCGUAAUUUGGAUCAUGUCAAGGUUGUCCUUAUGCCUUAAACCGCCGUGUUUUAAAUUAGCACCGCUAGGAUCGGUUGAAAAUCAUACGAAUCGAUGAUAUUACCUUCGUAAAGAAUUAUUCAAAGGAAACGUACAUUCGUUUAAAAAAAAAUAAUUAAAAACAUCCGACUAUCGUUAUUAAUAAUUAAUAACCGAGCCUUAAAUUUAUCAACUCCAAUUUCUGAGCGUUGAAUACAAUUCGUAAACAAAGAGCUGAUAAAAUGUAAAUAAAAUAACGAAAAGUAUCGUGAACUUAAAAAAGAAAAAGAAACAUCUAACCCAACAGCGAGAUGCUUUUAAAGGGAAAAGCGAACGCGGCCUACUUGAUAGAAAAAUCAUCUUCGAAACGGAUUUAAAAAAAAAAAAUCGAUCUUAAUAACGAAAGAAAUCGUAAUAAAUCAUAUAACUUGUAUAGGAUCAAUAAUUAGAAAUGAACAAAAAAAAGAAACGAAGUAAUUUCGUUAGUAAUAAACACGAUCGUUUAUUAUAAACGAAAGACAAUUUUGUUUAUAAUUCGCGAACGAACGUAGUGGUAGUAGCAACCUCUUAGGAUGGAAUUCAAUGAAAUACAGUAGAACCUCGGUUGUCCGGACUAAUCGAAGGAUAAGUAUGUUCGAAUAAUAGAAUAAUUACUUUCCUGAUGUUCAUCCUCGAAAAGGUGUUCAUCUUUGAACGUUCAUAUUUGUCCUAUAUGUUUCAAGAAAGAACAUAAAUUAUAUCAAUGUCGAUACAAGUAAUGAAAUUAAAUACGAAGAUGUUCGUCUUUGAAAACUCACCUUUGCUCUAUAUAUUUCAAAAAUGUAAAUAAAUAUUGGGUUGACCAAUAAGUAAUAUUGUACUUUUUGUACAAAAAGAUAGUCACUUUGUGUUUUUAUUGAGAAAUUUUAUUCGGCAACGUAGUGGCCGUUUUGGUCCACAGACCAAAUUUUGCCAUCGUGUGGACAAUAGUUCCACUCUUCCAAAACUCAUCUUUUUCUGCAAGGAACAUGGACACGUACAUUUUGCAGGCCCUCAAAGAACCAACAUUUUUAUCACCGAAUUUUAUAAAGAUCUGAACAAAUGACGAUUUAAGGAUAUUAUGUGAGAGAAGAGAUGAAAAGGUGUCAGAGAACAUCCCAAUUGAAUUGCCUCAGUUUUUGUCGAGUUUGCGACGAGACGUGUGGUCUCUCAUCGUCGUGGUGAAAAAUGACUUCUUUUCUAUUCGCUAUUCCUGGCCAUUUCUCCUCGACAUUCGCCUUUAGCCGGUCCAAUUGAUUACAACAUUUCGUAGAAUUUAUAGUGUGCUAGGUGCUCACUAUUCCCUUGCAAUCCCAUCAUACGCACCGUUUGAUCUUCUCAGACUAUAAAAUUGGACUUAGACGUUGUUAAUGCCAUUGAUCUCGGAUUAGUCCAAUGCCUUUUCCGUGCAACAUUAUUCUAGGUGACCCAUUUCUCAUCAACUGUGAGAAUCCACUUUAGAAAUGGCUCAUUUUCCUAACAUUUCAACAGCGAAUCGCAAGCCAACAUUCUAUCCGCUAUGUUUCUUUCUGGCAAUUUGCGCGGAACCUAAAUGCCAUAUGAGCCGUUUAAUGCAAAAAUAGUGUAAGUUGAUUGAAAAAAGUUGAUUACCAAAUAACGAGGGACAAAGUAAAAUUUCUGUGAGGCUGAUUUUCAUAUAUUCUUCUAUCCAUCGAGAAACUAACGAAGACACACAUACACCAUUUCCUGACAAAAUAGAAUGAAGGUUAUGCUUUCGAGCUGUACUGUUACAUUAAAUAGGCAAAAGAUUAAUUUACACUAUUACAAGUUGAUGUAAGUGAUUUCAAACGUUAGAUUCCGCUUCUUUCAACAUCUCAGUAAUCUGUCUGCUUAUCAACAGUCGAUAAUUUGUCAUUAUCAUCUUCGACGGAUGUACCAGGCUGUUUCUCAUCGCAUACCGUGAAAUCUCCACUACGAAAUCUCAUAAACAACCAUUUGCAUCACUUUUACACUUACAGCAUCACCAUCGUGCACAUUGCAAAUCUUUUUUGUCGUUUGUGCGGUGCUUUUUAACGAUACAGUUUACUCAAUUAUACGUCUUUUCGUCAGAGGCGCCAUCAGCUGAUUUGUGACCCGAUUUGUGAGGUUAGGGACACUGCAUCGUUGCUCGAAGACAACAGAGCGCCAAGUGGCGUGAAAACACGACGUUAUUUAUUGGCCAAUCUAAUAACAGCAAUAUCGAUACUGAAAUUAAAUAUGAUCUGUUUAGCUGUUAAAUCACGUAGCUGUUUUAGCAGAUUUCAUUCGGCAAAGUUACAUUUCUUUUCUGCAUAUAUUAUGUGUAAGAACUCAAAUGCUACAAAACGUCAAGGAAUAUCAUUAUUGCCAUUAUAUUCGCUUCUCAAUUAAUUCGUUAUUCGAAGCACACGUAACAUCAGCACAAUAGCCAUUCGAAGAAAGUUCAUCGCGUUGAAACCAUUCUAUUAAUUCGGGGCUGUUACAAUAACCGAAACCUGGUACUGUGUUCAGUGCAGAAAGAGUCUCUUCUACGUCUGUCGUAAUAUUAUCUUACACUUCUUCCUAUAUGGUGUCUUCACUAAGUAAUUCACUAGUUUUCUCUAUGCUGUUCUCAGUGUCACACAUCUGAUGCCCAACCAAGCAUAUACCAUCGCAUAACUGCAAUCUUGUAAACCUAACUGCUUGUGAAGUUGCAUCAUAUUUUCGCCAGUAGUGUCGUUGCUCGUUGACAAAAAUUCUUGUAAAGGAUUGAACGUUGUAUAUGCUAAAUGUGUCGGGUAAUGGAACGUACGGGUAAUAGAAAAUUCGGAUGACAGGAGUUCGGAUGAUCGAGGUUCUACUGUAAUUAGGAUGAUAAGGGCGCAGUUUGGAUUAACUAAUUCUUAGUUAACUUUCUUUGCGAAGAUAAUUGUAACAGAGGUUAUGUUUCUUUCUAACGUAACAUUCAAAGAACGUACAACACGCAGUCGAAAAGUGUGGUGUUAAUCGAUUUCAGAUUGAACGAAAGAGGAAAAAUUACCUGCUAAAGUAGCAAGCUGUUCAAUAGAAAAUAUGUCUCUUUAAUUACUUACAUGAAUUUUUAUAUCUUUAUUAAUUUACAUUUUUCAAACGUAAACGAGGUAGAUAUAACGAUCGAAUUCCAAUUUUUUAUUGCGUGAUAUUGACAAAAUAUUUGAUCGUAAAAUUGAAACAUUUUUUUUAACAGAUAUUAUGAUAUGCUUGAAUUUUGCAGUUCAAUUUUUGACCAAUCUUUUUCUGGGAUAUUGUCUGAAUUAAUAGAAUUUUUAAACUCACAAGUUAUGGGCCAAGUUAUGCAGAAAGCCAUCAGUCAUCGAUGAUCUGCACUCGAGUUUUAGUUUCAGGAUUUUAACUUUAAAAAUAUGGCUUUAUCUCUGUUGAAUAUAUUUUAUUUCCUGUUGUUGUUUUACCAUUUUACCAUUUUCAAUGGCUUAUUUAGUAGCAUAGUUAAUAUAUGGUUUGGAAGUUUUCUGCUGAAUAAUUAUAAGCCUAAAAUGGAACUAUGGCUACGGUAGUUUUAAUAAUCGUACAGUUGUAAGAGUUGUUUUAUGAGUUGGUAAUCUUUUGCAAAGUGAGAUUCACAAAAUUAUGGAAUCCGUGAUGCGUUUAACUAAUCUUGUUGUCAUUUCAAGGACUGCCAGGUUUCUGCGUAACUUAGCCUAAUCGCAUCGUCGUCUGUUCCUUAAUUUGACAAAUUAUUAUUUUAGUAUUUUAGCAAAUUGUAGUUUUUCCUCGCCUGUCGAUAAACGUACCAAGGGGUAAUCGUAACAAGACGUUGAUUACUAUUUUUUCGUCAGAUUUUACUAGAAAUUCUCCAUCUGUGUAAACUGAAUAACGAAAAAUGUAAAACAAAAGGGACAACUACCCGGGAUGUGAGGGUAGCAAUUUUCGUAUAGGAAAACGCCUAAAGUUUAAACAAGUAAAUAGAUAAAUAAACCGAAAAAUUAAAGAAAUGAAGAAUAUAUAUAUAUAUACAUACAUAUAAAUAUAAAUGAAAAUAAAUAAACAAACAAAUAAAUUCAUAUGUGCGUAUGUGUGCGUAUACAGAGAUACGUAUAUGUAUACAAAUGCAUACGCACGCAUAUAAUUAUAUUGAAUUAUUAUUAACGAGAAUAGAUGAGAACUUAUAUAUUAUUUGUUGGGAGAGCAUAUAUUAUACGAUAUUUAAUAUAUUUAGGAUAUUUAUUUGUUGAUUUGGUGAUAAUAUAUAUAUAUAUAUAUAUAACAUAGAAAAAUAUAUAUAUAUAUACAUAAAUAGGUAAAUAAUUUUUACAAGGCCUAUGACAGGUUGAAACAAAUGAGACAUGGUAUUUCAACGGGGAAAAAUCGAUUGAUCACUUUCGCGGUUUUAAUCCGGAUUAUUUUAACUUUACCGCUUAAUUCGUUGUUUUAAUCUGAAGCAAUUAGAAACUCGAAUUAAAUAAUAACAUUUGAUGUAUAUACAAAGUUGCGCAGUAUCCUUCUCCUUAUCGAGAUCGAUUCGUCUUUAUUUUCUAAUAACCUAACCUCAACCUAACCUCAAUCUAUUCUCUAAUUUCUGUUAUACAGCUUAGGUUGAAAAUGAAAUUGAUCAUGGAAUUAAUAAAAAAUUGUUAUUUUAUCGAAUUUCUAGUUUACUUACAGUGUCGAGCAAAACUUUGUUUAACUAUUGAGCAGUGUAUAGAAAAUACUGUUCGAAUUGCGAGUAAGUUCUAAUAACCUAACCUCAACCUAACCUCAAUCUAUUCUCUGAUUUCUGUUAUACAGCUUAGGUUGAAAAUGAAAUUGAUCAUGGAAUUAAUAAAAAAUUGUUAUUUUAUCGAAUUUGUAGUUUACUUACAGUGUCGAGCAAAACUUUGUUUAACUAUUGAGCAGUGUAUAGAAAAUGCUGUUCGAAUUGCGAGUAAGAAUGAAAUUUCUUAGAAAAUAGAAGUCAUUUGAACAAUGCGAGAAACAAUUUGUCUAUUAUUUCUUAUUUACCAAUGAAAUUUUAUUUUUAGUUUGCAUUUAACUGCACGAUAAAUGAUAAUAUAUAAAUAAAUAAUUUUCGCUUCUUACUUUGUCCACUUGCUUCUGAAACUACUCGCCCUUCAAACUAAUUAUUAAAAAGCCUGUUUAAUUUUGUCACAACUAACGAACAUGAUUAAAAAUUACAAACUGUCGUUUACAGUAAUGUUAUAUUUGUUAAUAAAAAUAAAUAAAAAUAACGAAUACAAUUGUACCUGUAAAUAACAAUUAACUUGAUUACUUUAAACAAUGCAUUUAGAAUUGUCCAAAUAACAAAUAAUUUAUCUCUGUUUUUCAUUCGGACUUUCAAAUAAACAAUGCCUUUGUAAAUAAUUAUUUACGUCAAGAUUUAUUCAACGAUGCUCAACAUUGUUUGCAAACGAACAAUUAACGAAAUGUGUAAUUAAUUGUUGUUCGAUCGAUCGGUAUCGUUAAGCAAAGCCUAUGGCAAAACGUCGAUUAACUUAAUUGCGAGGCCUAACAGAUAGAAAUUUUAAACUAUUAAUGGAAAAUAUUUCGUUCUAUAGUUGAGUGAUUCCAUCAUCGGAUUUCGAUAAUCCUCAUGGGAAAACAAUUUAUUUGAAAGAUGAAUCGAUCUCGAUAAAUCGUUUCCAACGUGAAAUUAUUUCUUAACUGUUUUAUUUAAAAACCAGAGGUGAAAAUACAUCUCGUGUUAGCUAUGGUUUUGUCGGAAGUUUGUUAAAAAAAAAAUUCUUUCGGACACGGCAUUAAUCGAGCGAGUGCUCGAUUUACUCCACUUUCUACGGUUUCACAUGUUUAUUAAUUUUUUGUUGUCAUCGAAAAUGAUAGGUGAUUUUAAACUGAUAUGUAUAUAAAUGUUUUGUUAAAAUGUUAUUAUCAGUUAUAUAUGUAGAUGAAUGGAAUUUCAUAAUUUUAUUUAAACGUUAGAGGCGUUGUGUAAACAUUUAGAGAAAAUAUAUUAGUUCGUUACGAGUCUGUUAAUUUUAUCGAUGUCCGAUUUCUUUAGCUGCAGUUAGAAAGAAUAUUCAACAUUUGCAUUAUUCAUAGUCGUUUUAUUAUAUAUUAAUAUAUAUAUAUAUACAUAUAUAAAUAUACAUUAAUUUAAUGAAAUAUAUCGAUCGAUCGUGUUGUGUAAGUGAAGAGGAAUAUCGAUGAUAAAAUAUUUGGGAGGAAAUUUUACACGUAAGAAAAUGAAUCUAGCAAUAAAUUUUCUAAAUUAGCGGUUAGUGAUUGAAAUUACCGUGGAAGGUUCGCAACUUUGAUCGUUCUCGGAUGUCUGUAUGUACUGCGACUGAAAAUUAUCGAUGGGAAUAAUUUUCUUUCAUUAACGAAAGUUGCCCGUAGAAUCAGAUGUACAUCGGUUGUCGAUUAAAAACCAGUUUCGAGCAAUAAGAUUUUGUAUACAAUUUAUACAAAAAUUUAGAAACGAUUUUACCGAAACUGAAUAAAACAAAAUUGUUCGCGUUGUAAAUUCGUACAGUCGGAAACAAAAAUAAAAAAAAGAAAAAAAAAAAGAAAAAAUAAGUGGACAAGUGGUAAAAAUGAUUAUCAAUAAGGUUGAAAAUAGCAUUGAUCUUACAUAUAUUUAUAUACGAUUUAUAUAAACACCUGCCUAAUUUAUAUAAUAUACCUACAUACAUGCAUGUAUAUAUGUACACAUAAGUAUACAUGAAUGAUCUAAUCGAUGAUCGAAAUCGUUAUAUAUAUUUUCAGGAGAACAAAAUCUUUUAAUAAAUUGUCAGCCAAUUGUUGGAGAACAAAAAUAAUAGUAGAAUUUACUGCACUGUUUCUCACUGAAAUCUUUCUCAGUACUUUUUGGACACACCCGGUAUUAAACGCUAUUCAGAAGAACAAAAAAAAAGAGAAAAAAAAAGAAGAAGAUAUAUAUAGAUAUAUUACAAAACACUAACAGGUAAUAUAGAUACAUAGCUACCACUGCAAAUUGGUCAGGGGUACUGCACGUUACUAGAAAUUCUGUUUAGAAUAUUCUGCAUAUAAAAUAUACCUGCAAUUUGUGAAGUUUCUUAUUUAUGAAGUUAUAAUGUCUACCAAAACUUUUUAAUAAUUUUUACCAAAUGUAUUCUAUCAUAUCGCUUAUCCAAUGGAAUCUCAGCAUCCAAUGAACUCCAUAAGUUGCAAAUUGAAUUACUUGAAGCCUUGUUGACAGCCACUUAAGCAAUUGAAUAUUUGAAUCUUGAGGAAGCUUUUUACUUUCCUUGGCAGUAUGUCUGGGAUCAUUUUUUUAUUGUAGGAUGAACACUUGUUUGAGACCAAUUCUUAAGCCUAUCACUUUUAAAUUUUCUUUUAUUAUAUCAGUGUACUUAUGUGCAUUCAUGGCUAUAUUUAUAGAUACUAAAGCAUCAAUUUGAUAUGUCAUGAGAAAUUCCUUUAUACCAGCGCUCCUUAAACUUUCUCCAUUCUCAUUUUGUCUGGACAAAUUUGACACCAUCACUGUUGUGUACACAAAAAUGUAUACAAAGUAAAUAUACAAAAAUGAAACAUUAAUCGAUGAAUCAAAGAAGUUUAAUUUCAAAUGAAAAUUUACAUUAUAUUAUAUUAUAUUUAUUUUAUAUUUAUAUUACAUUAAACAUAAAUUUAAUUUAGAAGUUCUUUUUGAUUGUUCUAAAUUAAAUUAAAGUUCUUUUUGAUCGUUUAUUUUUAUAUGAAGAAUUAAAUCUUGGCUAGAUAUUCGGAUAUAGCAAAACAUUUUCACCACCCCAUAAUUCCCUUACUCAACUAUAUACACGGUGGUGAUCUAUACUUUAAGAUCUGCUCUAGUUCUAUCAAUGAUGUACAGUUGCAUUAUUGGUGCAACAAUUGUUGAAUUUGUUGAAUUCCUAACUAGAUUUUGUUUUCCAAUUGCCUGUACACAAAUUUUCACCACCCCAUAAUUCAGACGGUUGGUCUUACAAUUUAAGAAGUCCUGGUCUGCACCAUUGAUGAUCUACAAUUUUUAAUUUUAAUUAAAUUAAAUUCAUUAAAUAGUUCUCUACUACUGCAACACAAAUUGACAUUCAUUAGUGUCACACAAUAUCAUUUUUUCCAGGAAGAUAUCAAUAUCUUUUUUACCAAAAGACAGACACAGAAUGGGACAUGGUUUGCAAAAUACCAGAUCUCUCAGCCUUCCAUUCUACAUCACAUCUUUCUGAUAUUACAAUCCUACUUAGUAUACUACAUAUUCUCCUGUUGUUUGGACUUCACUUUGGUACACCACUUUUGUCCCUAACAUCCUUCUACUUAUGUCUAAACCUAUGUCUAAAUCUACAUAUUAGAUCCUGUUAAUCUGAACCAUUCUAAACCAAACUACUCUGAUCUGCACACUUUAUUGUUAGAUCAGGCACUUCUCUUGUUCUGUACCUUGUUCUUUAUCGUCCUACCCAAUCUUCCUAUCUUAUUUUCUUAAUCAGCUCACAAAUGCUUCUUUUUCUUCUUCAUUCAAUAAUUCUUCUAUAUUGCACUCAUCUUUUGUAUUUCACUUCUAUCUUCCCACUUCCACGUUCUUGUGCAGACUCCAAUCAGUGCUUCAAGAUGACCAAGUUUCUCCCAUGUAAAAUACACCUUGUUUUCUCUUCAGUUUUGCAAAAGCUGUUAUUCGCCUCAACAUUCUGGCAUCUCCCUCUUGCGACCAGCUGUUGAACUGUUGGCUCAUUCCUCGUCCUUUUCUACCAGAUAGGUAGACACGUGGUAGGUUUACACCAUCGUUUUUCUUUCAAACACUGUUCCACUAAACUGCUUUCUCUAUUUUGACGUUCCUGUAUAUUUCUGUUAUUAACACGACUUACGUGUAAUUCAACUUUAUUUCACCUUCGUCCAGCAGUCUUCGUCGAAGGUAUAUUUCUGUUUUUCCUGCAAUUUUUCAAUUUCAUGAUCUUUUUCUGCGAUAGCACAUCGUCUUUAUCAAAUAGUACGCAAUAAUAUAGGUUUUUAUAUUUUUUUGACUAUGCCUUUUUGGUACACUAUGUAUAUUUUGAAGCAAUUAUAUGGUCACUUAAUUGAUUACAACGAUCAGAAGCAACAAAAUCUUGAACCUGCAAUUAAAAUCUCGCCAUUUUUGGCAUCAUAGUAUUAUUUGAGAAAUAAUCCUAUUGUUGCAAAGAAUUUUAUUUGAACUAAUAGACUUGAUCAACCGACCACAUUUAAGAAUCACUUACGUUUGAUGUCCUGAAUAACGGAACCGGAAAUGUCCUCUUAAUGGACUAUCUUAUUUGUCAAGCACGAUUUUCCAGUCUACUUACUCGCCAUUCUUCUGCUUGUACGUUUAUAUUUAUUAUAGGUUUAUUAAUUUGUUAUUGAUUAAGAGGAUAUAUUAUAAAUCAGAUUUAAAUAUGUAAGAUUAAUACUAUUUUAAUGGAGCUUUAUCGAACACCGUUUCUCCCAUUUGUCCACUUUUGUUCCUGACCGUAUAUUUACUUGCCGUUAGAUUUUUAAAUAAUAAAUUUUUCCAAAUCGUUUCGAUAUUGUCUGACAGUUGCUUUCGAUUUGAACUUGAUUAAUUAUUAAACGAUUCGAUCGAUUUCGGCGUGCAUUUCGUUUCCUCAAUCAACGUUCACGUAACUCGUGAAGGAGCGAUUAUUUUCUAUCGUUAGAGUUCUAAUUGUUACACUUCUGAUUAGUUGUUUUUUAUAAGGCGAAAUAAUUUGUAAAUAAAAUAAUAAUAAUAAAUAAGGAGAAGAAUAAUAAGAAUAAUAAUUAGGAGUAACGAAAGACAGAAACUUUUGUGAUGGAUGGUUACGUUAGUAACGGAUAAUUAACAAAUAAUUAAUUAGGCUGAACUUUAUUUAACCAGAUCAAGGAUUAUUGAUUUUGUUUCUUGCAAUCUUGUAGUUUUCGUCCUGUAGAAUCUGAAAAUGCAGUUUUAAGGCGCGGCAGCCACUAGUUCAAAAGUUAUGACUGUGUAAAACCGAGAAUUUUUAGGUUAUUCUAUACCUUGCUUUGACGCCAUAUUGACUUCUAUACACGAUUCGUCCAAUGAGUGUCGCUGGCUGUGAAUAAAUGCACGUGAUUGGUGGCCAUCUUGUGGCGGGAUUUUGAAUCAUGGGUAUUGGAUUAUUUAUUAAUUGGGUUAUUUAUCAAUUAAGUUCGGGUUAUUCUUUAAGUUCGUCGUCCAUUUAAUAGCACAACAGUGACGUGACGACAUUCAGCUGCUCAUACGUCUUCAACACGUGAGAGUCACACCUAUCGUCCCUUUUACAAACUGUCGAAAUUUACCAGCAUAGUAGCAUUGUACCUUUAUAAAGGGAAAGAUAAUAGAAAAAGAGGAAGAAAAUUCUGGGCACACAGAAGUUUGAAAUUACGAAGAAGCGACGGUGAAUUUGAUGCACUGUAUAUGUAAACAGAUAAUUGGAGAUGUAAAAAAAUCGCUAUUCUCAAAUAUCAAAUAUCAACGGCACGAUACCAUAUAUUAUUAAAAAAAAAAAAAUAAAAAAAAAAAAUAGAAAAUGUUAUACAAAAACAAAAUACAAAAUACAAAAGUAGCAAUUAACAUCCGUAGAAAAAUUGACAGUACGUCUAAGGCACAUGCAGGACAAUAAAAUCAUAUUUACGAUAUUUAUAAUAUACAUAAAAUUAAACUAACUGGAGUAAUUAUGGAUCUUGAACUGAUUAAAUAAAUAAUUAUAAAAAAUUCAAAUGAUUAAGCUAACCUUGUUCGCUACCAACGCGUUAUCAGCAGUAAACCUAACCUAAUUCAGAUUACUAUCGAGAUGAUAGGGAGAACCGUCGAUGCUGUGCUGUUGUCGUUAAAUGGACAAACUACUAUUGAAAAAUGUAAAAUAUGUAAAUUAUGUGAAUGCUAAAUGCUAGUCUGAUGCUGUUAGAUAAGCGACGAUUUUUGUACAUAGGAUUGGGCUGGGAUCAUUGUUACUAAAGUAGAAAAUUUUGUAUUUCACUGAUCUUCUUAAAAAACAGUAUUUAAAUGGGAAGGGUCAAAAAUGUAUUAGUUUCCUCCAAAAAAAAACAAAAAAAAAUUAAUCUUCGACGAAAUUCAAUUGAAUCCUCAUCAGUGCAGGCCAAUUGGUUGAGGAACCGAAGCAACAUGGCGUCAAUAAAAGGACGUGCAAAAUACUUUUGCAAUGCUGAUAAUUUGUUAUCCAAUAAGAUUUCUCGCCUUAAAACUCGUAUUUAUCGAAUUCUUCGCGUGGAAAAUAGCCAGUAAGCAAAAGAAGAAAAGUCAACAAUCGUCGAUCCUGCGAAAUAAAGUUCAGCCGUUAAUUAACCUCUCUCGGUAAGCUUUAAUUAUUGUUAAUUAUUGAAUAUUAGGUAACCGAUAAAUUAGUCAUUGAUCAACGAGCUAAUUUACUUAGGGCAGAGAAUUCAUGGGACUUUUAUUCUAGAGAAAAUAGAAUUCGCGCAGAGACGAAUGUGUUAGCCAGCUGGCGAGCUAUUCCUUGUGAUUUGAAUGGGGAAUAACGGGCUGGCUGAUCGUAUGGUUAAGCAGUUACCGAAAAUAUCUUCUCUCUGCUCUGUGUCCGCCGUGCAACCAUAGGCCACAUACGCAUAGAUGCACACUAACAAUUGGUCGGCAAGAUUAAAUAAACAAAUAACAAUCUGGAUUCCGUGAAAACGCGAUUCUAUCAGAGCGGUGGGUCGAUACUGGGAAUCACCGAAGGCAACGGUUUUAAUUAAUCGGUUUUCGUCGGCCGAAAUACUCGAACGUAAAUUCAAAACUCGAUCGAACAUAAUUGAAAGUAAAAACUGAAAUGUUUCUCGACUAUAGUUUAGAAAUUUAUUAAUGAAUUUUAAAUUAUCGAGAGAAUGUUGGAAAGGCGGAGGGGAGGGGGAAAUAUAACUUUUUUUCGACCUGACAGGUAGAAAACGCGCGAUUGUUUCUUGUUGAAUAAAAGGGCAAAAAAAAAAAUGCCGAGGGAAAAAUUGGGAAAUGGGGCGUGUGUGCGUGUGUGAGAGGAACAACAAGAAAUUUAUAAAGAUAUACGAAUAAUCUAGAUACCAGAUAACGAGAUGACAUACUCCAUGCCUUACAUAGAAUUAUCUAAGCCUAAGUAGAUGUAUCUAUAUAAUUAGUCAUAUUAAUUGAGGUAAAUUACGAGAACGUCAUGGUCAACAAAGAAUCGAGAAAUCGAGCAUGUGCACAAAUCAGUUUCCGGGGAUAGAUCUUCGAAAUUAGAAGUUUUAUCUUCUUUCCUUUCCCAAGUGUUUUCUUCAUAUUUAACAGAAUAGCUAAUUGAUGUUGUAACGUAUCACGUUUCGUUAACAAAUAUGUCUAUAUACUUUUUAUUUUUUCUUCUUUUUUUCCCUUUUCAUAUGAUUUAAGAUGGAUAUCAGAAAGAUCGGGAGUGUUGAAGUUUGCACGAGCUGGGUUGUCGCUAUUCACACUGUUACACUUAGCACGGAUCCGUUUAAUGCAGAUUGAAGCUUCUGAGAAACAGCCUCGUCCAGAAGUGAAAUUCCGACGUUUCGCCGGCUUUGCAGCUUGUUUCCUCAAGGCUGAAGUGGAAUUUACACGGUUUCACUUUGGAGGAACACGGCCGAUGAACGCUGCUUUCAUCCUCGAAUGAGUCACUGAUGGAAACAAGUUCAUCUGCGAUGUUUACCCAAAGUGAAACAGUGUAAAUUCGGCUUAAGUGUAAAGGCCCAUAUACACUUGCAACAUGUUGCAUGCAUCGCGUCUUAAGUUUCACGACACGUGUUACAAUUAUGUAAUUAAGUCUCAACAGAUAGACAUCAGAAGCAACUUGUAUCGAUACAGGAACCCAACCAACAACACAAUAAUCCAAUCUUAGUUGGCGACCAUAACCUUAUUAUUAACAUCUGCGAUGUUCCCCCAAAGUGCAACAGUGUAAAUUCGGCUUAAGUAUAAAGGCCCAUAUACAUUUGCAACAUGUUGCAUGCAUCGAGUCUUAAGUUUCACGACACGUGUUACGAUUAUGUAAUUAAGUCUCAACAGAUAGACAUCAGAAGCAACUUGUAUCGAUACAGGAACCCAACCAACAACACAAUAAUCCAAUCUUAGUUGGCGACCAUAACCUUAUUGGGACACGAGUUUCAACGUGUAGAGGGCAUCACCGAUUUAAUUUACUUAAUUUACAGCAGAUUCAUUAUCAUCGUACUUUUGGCUGAACUUUAUCCAAUAGAUGUUGAGAAACAGGGUGAUCCAUACGCAAAUAAUUCCUAUAAUCGAUCGGUUCGUUCGUUUUUAGUUCCAUCAACAACGCGAGGUUAGGAAACCUGUUUCUUUCAAUUGGAUUUUUGAGUUCCUAUCUUUUUACAACGAACAGACCUCCUAUUGUCGAUAACGAUACUGGAGUUGGAAAAUAAUCAGACACGUUGAAACACGCGUUGCAACAUUGGCAUCAGGCUAUAAAUUGAGAAGAACCGACAAUGUAGAGGCGAACUGAAACUGAACAGAUUUCGUGAAACCUAGACGUCGACGUAUCGAAACAUGUUUCAACGUGAAUUUUAACGGUGUGGAUAGCGAUAGAAGGAAUUGUAAAAGAAAAGAAUAUUACUUAUUGCUGUUUUGCAAUUUUUUACAAAUUUCUAUCGUAUCGUACGAGCUACGUACAUAAUUAAUUCUGACUGAUUAAUUCUGAUUCUAAUUAAAUGUAUAUUCGAAAUUGAAAAUAAUCGCAGGAUGUUUCGAAUGAGAAGAAAAACGAACUUUAUCUCGAAGUUAACGAGAAAAGGGACGAUGAGAAGGGUUGUGAUUUAAAACUCGUGUGAUCGUUUAGAGGAAUAUUUUCAUCGACGAUUUACCAUAAACAAGUGCACGAUAGUUGAAAAUAUUUAUAUACCUUUAGACUCCAAUUGUUACUUAUAAAAAGAAUCGUCGAUGGGAGGUUUCGGUAAACGAGCGAAUUGGUCAAUGUGAUCCGCGGGUUCGUUGUUGACCGAGCAUUUUUCUUAAUGAACUUACAUCCCUAAUUAGAGUGGAAAGUGGCGCUGAUUAACUGGACAUCACCUCGGAAAUUGAAAACUCGGUGGAUUCUAAAUUUUGUUCGUACGGUGUUUGUCGAUAGAGCUAAGAUUCUCGUAAACAUCCGCGAAAAGAGAUGUAUAUUUUCUCUUCGAGCGUUUAUAUUAAACUUCGUCGAUUUCUCUUUCACAUCGUAUAUUUUCAAUUUUAACUUGAUCCAUUAGUUGUGUACAUUUCUAAAACCGAAUGACUUAACAACUUCCUGAAUAGCGUCGUUGGCAAUAAAAAUUAAUAAAUCUGUCGAACGUGAAAAUAAAGCGUUUGUAAAAUAUAAUCGUGGCAAAGUUUCCGCGGUAAAUUAAAUUCGUCGCAAGCGAAUCGAUAAAUUAAUACACCUCUUAUCGGUUAAUUACGGAUUAUCGAACGCGAUGUAUAAGUGAUGCGUUAAUAAAUAUAUUCCUUAAAAUACUGAUUUAUUUCCCCAAAGAAAAACUUCUAUAUAGUUACCGUGUGAUAAAACAGAUAGAGAUAAUAAAUAUUUAUUAACUAUAACAUUGUUUAUUUAUACGAAGGAAAUAUUUUGAAAUCCUAUUCUUUAAUCAUUAAUUUAUUUCUUUAUUAUUAAUUCAAGUUCUCUGAUAUACUUAAUCGCAAAUAACAUACGAAUGCGUGAUCGAGACAAGUCACUAGUAUGGAAAUAACAUUGAAAGAAACAAUUUUUUUUUUAUUUAUUUAUAAAUAGAUGAACAUAUAUGAUAUAGUUGACCGGGAACGAACAAUUUAUGAAUUUUUUUUAUCGUUUAUUCUGUCGAAUGUCAGGGUAUAUGAAAUUGAUUGAAAAUUGAGAAACUAUUGUCGAUGACUUAUUUAUUCCCCUCGAAUAAUUAAGUGAUCGUGAAAAAAUUCUCUUUUGCCCUAAAUCUUUGAAUUUGAACGUUUCUUUCUUAAUGACGAAAUGCGAUUUGAUUACUAUCGAAGAACUAAAUCUACUACUAUUCAUCUUUAUCGAUAAGAAUACUAUUAUUUAAGUAAAGGAUAUGUAGACAUUCUGGAAAUGGUUGUUCACUCGCAUGUAUAUCCGUAUAAGUUGAUUGCAUAUACCGGUGCUUCUCAGCCACGUGAUAAAACCAAUUUUGUGUUUGAAAUUCUUACAGUAAUAUUCAAUUUCCAUCUGAAUCGUUGGUUGAGAAACGCUAGCUCGACUCCUCUCCAUUUUACUGCUACCGUAUUCUCUUACUUCUGGUAGCAAUGGAAAAUAACAAAUUUCCCAAAGAAAUUGUAUGAUUCGAUGAAAAGUUAGGUAAAACUGUUGUUUAGGGGACCCAGGAUAUAUGUUAUCAAGAUCAUCUGUCAUGAGUGGCCUUCAAAAGAUUUUAGACAUUGCUCGUUGUUCCUUAAAAAAUUACGAGGUAAAAAUUGCGGGUCUAUGAUACUUUGGUUCGCAUUGAUUAAGGUUAGAGUUAAGUUAAAAUGCUCAAACCUGACCUAAACCCAGUUAUGACAACGUAAUUAAGAGACUCGUAGUAAUUCUCACGGUUUACCCACGCUUUUGUUAAUUUCUCCAUGUUGACCCUGGCAUUUUUGCGUUUCUUUCUCUGACACGAAAGAAAUUUAGGUUAGGUGAUGGCUCAAACUGCGCAGCCAUUAAUGACAUUCCUAACCUAAAUCUAAACAGAACUUUAAAUAUGGGAAUAUUAGUAUAAAACAUGUAUAUACAUUGUAUAUACAUAUACAGCUAAAAUGUGUACUCACUAUUGAAAAAUAUAAGUUUUACUUACGAAAGCUAUUUUAUUAGUAGUUUUUUAACGAACAACGAGACGCGAUUAGAACUUUUCAGAGGUCACCGAAGAGGAUUACCUUGAUAACACAUCGUUCUUUCGCUGCAACAAUGACAUGGAGUUAUUGGUACAGAAAAAACAGUUGUUUCCUGUACUUUGUGCUGGUGGACUUGGAGAACUCACCGCGCGAAGGCAGCUGUGUCGCAUCACCACGACAUUAUAGCAGUUCGGGACAUUCAAAUCUAAAAUUCUGAUUUUUAGGUUAUGUCAUUGUUUGCAGCAAACGAACGAUAUGUGAAGGACAAGAUCAUUGAAGAUGAACUGCCAGAUAGCAGUUUUACCAGAGCUAAAGUUAUAAAAUUGCGUAAAAAAAUAGAAUUGGUUUGAACGACGGAAAUUGUAGCGAUAUUCAGAGAAACUGAAUGGAGUCGAAAUAUUUGCGUCAUAUGGGUGAACUGAGAAGCUUUAUUUGCCGACAAUUGGUCAAAUAUUUCCAUCAAGUUUAGUUUGAUAUUGUAUAUGUUGAAGCUACUGUGAAUUAAAGUGUAAACAGUUACCUAGAAAUUCUACGGGCUAUCGACGAUAGAAUUAAACUGCCAAUCUAUGUUGCAAAAUAUUUCGUGCAUAUAAGUCUAUGAUAAUCUGUACAACGAAACGAUGUGAUUCUAAUAAUUACAUUAGGCGGAGAAUAUUUUGCAAGAUGUGGCAGUAGAUCGAGAUAUUGUAUCUUUCAAACAAAUUUGUGUAUUCAUCCGUGUUUUUUUUUUUUUUUCUAUUUCUAUCGUCGAAACGGCGAUACGAAGCGCUUUUGGACUUAUCCGCAUAAAAAUUGUAAAAGCUGAUGGAUAAGAGGAAUACGGGACGUAAGAGUUGAUUUACGUAAGAGAAGAAAUAAUGAAAUUGAAGUGAUGGCGAUACCGAUGGUCUUCUCUCGAAAGCUAAAAAUGUAAAAGAAAUAGGUACCGAGAGGAGCGCCCGCGGUUGUGAUAAGCUACUAGCUAAGUUACGAUUAGUAGAUUUACUAAUUGAUUAAUUAGAUGAUCGUCCUAACCGGUUAGUGCGGCUUCAUUGUCCUGAUUUGUUGUUUGUCAUUUCCUUUAUUCUUUCCUGUGUUAUUUUUAAUAAAUUCACGGAUUAUUUUGUUUAAA